AUGUCUCAAGAAACUACAAUUAAAAUUGAACCAAUCGAAUAUAUUCAAGUUAAACAAGAAUAUGAUGAUUGUCCUCAAGAGGAGCAAGAAUUUAAUGAUUAUGCAAUAUGUCCUGAAAUAUGUCUACAAGAAUUUUUAAAAACUGAGAUAAAAGAAGAGGAAGAACCAAAGCAAGACAUGAUCAAUGAGCAAGAUGCAGCAGGCACUGGUACAAACGAUACAAGUGUAGGCCUAAGCCAUUUCCUUAUCCCUGACACAACCAAUAACCCGAAACAACUCCAUAAGUAUGAAUGUAAAGUCUGCAACAAAAUAUUUAAAACAACACAAAAAUUAAGGCGCCAUGAAAUUGUUCACAUUAAAGUACAACCUUAUAGAUGUGAAACAUGUUACAAAUCAUUCAAAGAGGAAGACUCGUUAAAAGUGCAUGAAAGGACCCACACUGGGGAACGCCCUUACGAAUGCACAAUGUGCAAUGAAGCAUUCACCACAAAACAAAAAUUAAACCGACAUGAAAUGAUCCACACCGCGGAGAGCGUCCAUAUAAAUGUGAGAUAUGCGAUAAAGUUUCAAAUCCAACUAUUCAUUCAUCGCCAUGAAAUUUUCCAUGCUGGGUUGAGACCUUAUUAA